AUGGGGAAUCCAGAGCUUGACACCAGAAACCUGAACAUUGAACGCUUCAAUGCGUCCGCUCGGCUCGCAAACUCGUCCGUCGUGGACGGAGACGAAGAGCUCAUCCCUCUCCGGAAUGUAUUCGAUGGGAAGCCCAUAGAGAAUUUCCCCUCCACGGCCAAUCAGUUGGAAACACUUGCACCCGACCAACAAUUGCGCACGCAAAACUCAAGAGUAAAUUCCAACAUCUCCUCCCACAAGAGCCCGCGAUCGCAAGAGAGAAAGGCCACGAACCACCAGCGAACGACAAGCAAAGGACAGAGGAGGAGGCCAUCACAGAGACCAGCCGUGAAAGUGAAACAAGACUCUAAAGGAGUCCCUCCACCAUCCAUCUCCCAGCCGGCCGGGAUAGAACGGAAGCGCUCGCACGACGCUCAAGCUGGAGCCGAAGUGGACAACUCUCAAAACGAGCGCCUCGCAAAACAGCUGAGGAGAAGUACUCAUCCCGCGGUCGACCACUCUGAGGAAGACUUGCAAACAGGCUCUGAACUUGAAGCGGAAGCUGGUAAGCGAGAAGCCGUACGGCCUUCAAUACAGUCCUCAAGGCUCCCCGCCACCAGAUACCAGCUGUCUGAGGCCAAUUUACGAAUAUUCAACGGAGAAAUGAACCCCGCAGCCGACAAUGCUCUAGUUCUCGGACAGGCCUCAUCAUGGCGAUCUAUAAUCACAUCGGAAGUGGACACACUCCGAUCCCAGCGCUGUUCUAAUACCAACGCCUUCUACCGCCACAAACAUCUUCAAGCUGUACAGAUCCACAUCCACGCUGAGCCGCCUGACUACAUCGAAGCCGCAGUCAACCUCAUUGUCAACGCUAAACUCUCCAAGCAGCGCCGAGCUCAACUCAGUGUCAUAGCCCAGGAACUGAGUCACGGCUGCCUCAAAAAUAUCAGGGCUCAGUCUGGCGAGGAUGACUUUCUAGAUCCGCUCCAUACUGCCCUCAAGGCUCUGGGUCUCAAGAACCUCUGUCUCCGUGAAAAGCCGAGUGGCGAGAGGAGCUUAAGCCAACAGUUCAGCAGCAGUUGCAUUUCAGUUCGAACUUCAUGGCUGGUGUCCAGCAACUAG